AUGGCAUCCACUCUCCAGCAAUUCUUCCACUCCCUAGAUCCCAGGACGCUCCCCAGGGUUCUCCAAAUCCAGUCAGGGAUCUAUUUCCAAGGUUCCAUUUAUGAGAUGUUUGGAAAUGAAUGCUGUCUGUCAACAGGAGAAGUGAUUAAAGUCACUGGCUUCAAAAUUAAUAAGAUUAUAGCUGAUGUUUGUGAGGAUAAUGAAGACAACCAGGAUUCCCCCAAAGUGGAGCUGCCUCUAAAUUUUCCAGGUCUUUUUAAGAUUGUGGCAGACAGAAAUCCCUAUCUCACUAUGGAAGAAAUCACCAAGGCUGUUUAUAUUGGACCAAACCGUCUGGGACAUCCCUGCUUCCACCAUGAGAAAGAUAUCAAGUCAGGGAACCUCACCAUCAAACGUGGGGAGCAGAUCGUACUCAACUCCAUUGAAGACCUAGAUGGAGAAAUGAUGGUGAACUGUGGAGUGGUAAGGAACAACCAAAAUCACUCAUUCACCCUGCCUCUCUCCCAAGAAGGAGCAUUCUAUGAGUGUGAAGAUGACCAGAUCUAUACUCUGAAAGAGAUCGCUGAAUGGAAAAUCCCAAAAAACAGGAAGCGGACUGUGAAAUUUACUGACAUUUCAAAUAUUUGGGACUCAGCAAAUCCAUUGCCCAAGGAUUUUGAUGGUUCACUUCAUCUCAUGCCCAUCUAUGAGCUGCAGGCAGUGAUGAAAUUCCGAAAGGAGAUUGUCCAUAUCCUCUCCGAUCUGGAUGUUGAAGUCAAGGAUAUAACUGACAAUUCCGAAGCUACUUGUUUCCUCCAGCUGUUAUCCACCGAAGACCUUUUUGAGAGGAUGAGUAAAGAAUUCCCCAUGGUCGCUGAGGUAAUAGAAGGUCCUCCAGGGAGCCAGCCGCCCAAUAGCUUUUUACAACCGGGGAAGAAAAUUGUGAUCCACAAGAAGUAUCAAGCCACCAGAAUACUGGCCUCUGAGAUCAGAAGCAGUUCCCCCAAAAGACAUUUCUUGAUCCCCCCCGGUUAUAACGGAAGAUUCAAGAGGAGGCCCCGGGAGUUCCCAACGGCCUACGACCUGGAGAUUGCCAAAAGCGACAAGGAGCAGCUUCACGUGGUGGCCACGAAAGCCUUUGAUGCUCAACAGGAAGAAAUGUCGUGCGUAUCAGUGGGAGACCAGUUCCUCGUUCACCAUUCUAAGAGGAGUGAGGUCCUGAGGAAAGGGACCAAGAGACCGCCCGACGCGCUGACCUGUGAACGGAUUCUCAAAAAGUCCUACGAGACGGUCCUGCUGCCCUUAUACUUGGAAGGGGGUUUCAUCGAAGUGAUUCAUGACAAGAAGAGGUACCUCCUUUCGGAGCUGUGCAUUCAGUUCCCCUUGCCCUUCAACGUCACAGUCUCUGUGAGAGACCUCUCGGUCAAAGAAGACUUGUUGGCGGGAACGCCGGGCCUGAGACUGGAGGAAGAAAUCACAGACUCUUAUCUGCUCGUGAGCGGGUUCGAUCAGCCCAGCGAGUGCUGGGAAAUCCCCGUGGGUCGUUUAGGUAUGUCGGUCCAGCUGGUCGGUAGUUCGGCAGAGGAAACUGAGCCGUCUACGGUCCGGACUAUGGUGGAGGAGAUCAGCGAAGAGCAGUACUACAUGGUGCGGAGAUAUGAAAAUCCAGUUCUUCAUCCGCCGCCUCGUCCUCCCAAAAAGCCUUUAGUCAUGGAGGCCAAACUCACCGUCCCUUCUGUGCCAAACCAAAGUGGAACAGGUCCACCAAAGUCUCCUAAGAACCUCCACAUAGACUCAGCCAAGAAACUACACUCAAAUCAAGCUGCUGCUGUUUCCAAAUUACCAGUUAGUUGUCAAAAUGAUUUGGCACAUUGGGAGAUGGAGAACAGGACUGGGACAACUUCAUUAGCAGCAACCAGUGUGACUAAAGCAUCAAAAAGCCCACUGGUAAAAGAUAACAUGGGAGACCAACAAGAGGAUGCAUCUGACACUAAACACACAGAUGAAAAUCUGCUUGACAUUAGGAGAAAGAAGUUCCCGUAA